AUGUUUUGUUUUCAUUGUCAGAUAUUUGGUAAAACAAAAAGAGACAAUUGGAUUAUUGAUGGUGUAAGUAAAUGGAAAAAUGCAUUACAUAAAAUUUUGGUUCAUGAAACAUCAUCAAACCAUAUAGAUGCAUCUUUAAAAUUUAAAUUAAGGAAUCAGGUAUUACCUAUUCUUCCAUCACUGUCCGAAAAAAGAAAAUUUGAAGUCCUCUGUAACCGUGGAAUAGUAAAAGAACUUAUAGAUAUCACAUUGUUUUUAAGCCGCCAUUCUCUAGCUUUUCGUGGUCAUCGUGAAAAAUGGUCAGAUUCAUUGCGUGGAAACUUCAAAGAUUUAGUAGAACUUGUUUCAAACUAUUCCCCUACGAUGGCACCAUACAUUUCAAAUUUAAAAAAUAAAAAUAAUAAACCUCAGUGGUCUUUCAUAUCAUGGCGGAGACAAAAUGAACUCGUAGAAUGUAUAUCAGAUGAAAUUGUUGGAAUUAUAUCUAAAAGUUUAAAGGAUUCUCCUUUUUUUAGUGUCUCACUUGAUACAACGUUCGAUGUAUCUCGUAAAGAACAAUUGUCCUUUAUUGUUCGUUACAUCGACCAAAACUCAGGUAGUAUCUAUGAACGUGUAAUAGCUGUCCUGGAAACACCUAUAACAACAGGUUGUGAAUUAAUGAAUGUCUUUAAACAAACUUGUGAUUCGUUAAACUUAGAUUGGAAAAAUCAUCUUGUUGGUCAAUCGUAUGAUGGUGCUGCCAAUAUGAGGGGUAAUUAUAAUGGUCUUCAAAGUUUAAUCAAAGAAAUUAAUCCUCAUGCUAUUUAUGUAUGGUGUUGGGCACACCGAUUAAACUUGGUGAUUACUGAUGUUGUAAGUUCAGGAAUUAAUGCAAUGGAUAUGUUUGGAAAUUUAGAAAAAUUAUAUGAUUUAAUUAAUUCAAGUAAAAUUAGAGUUAAGUAUUAUGAACAGUUUCAAAAAGAAAGAUAUAAAAAGAAACAAAUUCGUCGAAUAAAACGUGUGACAACUACACGUUGGAUGUCUUUUUCAUAUGCACUAGAUGUGGUUUUGAGCACAUAUUUGGCUGUAUUAGACACAUUAGAAAUAAUGCGAAGUACAGAUGGACCAAGUGAUAGAAAAAGUGGAUUUGAAGCUGGAGCUAUACUUGAUUAUUUAAAGUCUUAUCGCUUUGUAUGGACAGCUUUGACAUUUAAAAAAUUGUUUGACAUACUGUCACCAACCAGCUCAAUAUUGCAAAGCAAAGAUCUAGAUCUUAU